AUGCCCAAAGCAAAGCAAAAGCGCACAAAAGCCGUUGACAACAAUGCCUCUCCCUACGCCCGUCCAACCUCAGCAAAAGCCUCUGCUGCGCACUCAAUCUUCAAGAUGGACAAAGACCUCGGCCAGCAUAUCCUCAAAAACCCUGGUGUCGCAACGGCCAUUGUACAAAAAGCACACCUAAAGCAAAGCGACCACGUCCUCGAAGUCGGUCCCGGAACCGGCAACCUGACAGUUCUGAUCCUCAAGGCCGCUAAACAAGUAACAGCCGUAGAAAUGGAUCCCCGUAUGGCCGCUGAACUCACAAAGCGAGUCCAAGGCAGCCCAGAAGAAAAGCGGCUCACAAUCCGCUUGGGCGAUGUCAUAAAAGCCGAACUACCACGUUUCGAUGUCUGUAUAAGCAACACGCCCUACCAAAUUUCCUCACCUCUGGUCUUUAAGCUACUAGCCCUCCAACACCCGCCCCGCUGCUGCAUACUCAUGUUUCAGCGUGAAUUCGCCAUGCGCCUCUUCGCUCGGCCAGGAGAAAAACUCUAUUCCAGACUUUCCGUAAAUGUACAGAUGUGGAGUAAAGUCAGCCACGUAAUGAAAGUCGGACGUAACAACUUCAACCCCCCGCCGCAGGUAGAGAGCAACGUCGUGCGCAUCGAGCCCAAGAACCCGCGACCACAAAUCGCAUAUGAAGAGUGGGACGGCUUGCUACGUAUCUGCUUUGUACGCAAGAACAGGACGCUGAGGGCGAGUUUCCUGGGAACGGCUGCUGUGUUGGAGUUGCUGAGCAGUAACUACCGUCUUUGGUGCGCGCAGAACGACAUCGAGAUUGAUGAUUCACCUGUCGAUCCUUCUGAAGCAACUGCUGACGACAAUGGGGAUGCGGAAAUGGACGUUGAUGACGAAUUCAAAGGCUUCUCCGACCCUGAUGACCCAGACGACGAACUUCCAGACUUCUUCAAGCAACUCCAGGCUGAGAGUAAGAAGAGACAGAAUGGCGUGAACAGGAAGAGAAAGGGCAGGCUGAGCGAGUUGGUUAGGGAGAAGGUGAGGAAGGUGCUCGAGGAUGAGACACAGUUGGCGGAUAAGCGGGCGAGGUUGUGUGAUGAGGGCGACUUUUUGAAGUUGUUGUAUGCGUUUAAUCAGGAGGGCAUACAUUUCAGUUAA